AUGGCUCGAAUAUAUCGCAAUCCUCAGACACCGGUCCUUGACGUCCCCAAGGUGGACCUCUUGACGUUGAUGUUUGAGACCGAACACUGCGUGGCCCAGGACGACACCGUCUUGCACCAGGAAGCGGCGAACCCGUCCAACAAGAUCACUAAGAAGGACCUCCUGAACCUCACCCAGCGGAUCGCUCACGGUCUACGGCAUCACUAUGGUGUCGGUGCCAAUGGUCCGAACAAGGAUGUCAUCACCGUCAUCAGCUACGGUCAGAUCCUGGUGCCAGCAGCUUUCUACGGCACCAUCGCUGCCGGAGGAGUGUAUUCUGCCGCCAGUCCUUCGUCCACGGUCGCAGAUCUAGCGCGACAGGUCACUGUCGGCACCAGUCGGCUCAUUAUUUGCGGCUCGGAGCACAAAGACGUGGCGACCCAGGUGGCCAAACAGUGCAACCUUCCCUUGGAGAAUGUCCUGGUCCUAGAAUCCAGUCCUUCAUGGAGCCUGGCCAGCAUCAAUGGCCGGAUCAAUGUCUUGUCCGACCAAACCCUGAAGUGGGAGCGCAUCACGGACCCGACGGCGUUGAAGAAGAGUCUCAUUGUGAUUCUGUGGUCCUCGGGCACCACCGGUCUUCCCAAGGGUGUCAUGAUCUCCCACGAAAACCUCGUGCAAGAGGUCGUUGUGACGUCGAUGGCCGGGCGAGAGUGGGCUGCGAAGCAGAUUGAAGCCGGGAAGGAGCUCAAGCCAUACCGGACUCUGGCUCACCUCCCCAUCAGCCACAUCGCCGGCCUGUUUGGAUACCUCGUGGCCCCGUUCUAUUCUGGCGGGCUCGUGGUGUGGAUGCGCAAGUACGAGUGGAGCCAGCUGUUGAAGUAUGUCAAAGAAUACGAAAUCACCGCCCUCUACACGGUCCCCUCCAUCUACCUCCGGAUAUCCAAGUCGCCCGACGUGAAGGACCAUUUCAAAUCCCUCGACGCCGCCACGACUGGCGCGGCACCCAUGGACGGGGAUCUGCAGGCGGCUGCCAAUUCUAAACUUGGCCAAGGGGAGACCUAUAUCGGCCAGACAUGGGGAUUGAGUGAAACCACAGGUGCCGUAACCAUGAUGCCUCGGGGCCAGAGUGAUGUGACCGGGAGCAUUUCUCCGAUCCUUCCCAAUGUCGAAAUAAGGAUGGUCGAUGAGAACUACAACGACGUCGAGCCCGGGCAGGAAGGUGAAAUGCUCGUCCGAAGUCCGCUCGUCACCCAGGGUUAUUUCAACAACCCGGAGGCCACGAAAGAGGCAUUCCACGACGGCUGGUUUUGCACUGGGGACAUUGGCAUUAUGCGCAACGGCAAAUUCUACAUCGUCGACCGGAAGAAGGAAUUGCUCAAAUACAAAGGUCUCCAAGUCGCGCCGGCCGAGAUCGAGAAUCUGCUCUUCACACACCCCAAGAUCCAAGAAGCCGCCGUCGUCGGCGUCAACAUGCCCGACGACCCGGGCACCGACCUGCCGCGGGCCUACGUGGUCGCCGACCCGACCCAGAUCAGCGAGGAGGAAAUCAAGGACUUUGUCAAGCAGCGCCUGGCGCCGUACAAGCAGCUGCGCGGCGGCGUCGUCUUUGUCAAGGAACUGCCCAAGAACGCCAUCGGGAAGUAUCUGCGACGGGAGCUGCGGGACCGCGCGAAGAGGGAGUUGGGCUUGGUCAAGCCGUCGAAACUAUGA